AUGUUGCGCUCUGCGGCCCUCGUCGCCCUCCUGGGCGCCUCCUCCGUCCUCGCGGCGGGCACCAAGUGCUCACUGUCCAGCAAGUGCCCCAAGGAUUCUCCCUGCUGCUCCCAAUAUGGCGAAUGUGGCGUCGGCGCCUACUGCCUCGGCGGCUGCGACCCGCGGUCGUCGUUCUCGCUCGACGCGUGCGCCCCCGCGCCCGUGUGUAAGAGCUCGACGACCAAGUUCACGAGCAUGGACAGCAUCAUCAACAUCGGCGACUACCUCGGCGACGCCAGCAAGGGCGAAUGGGUGGCGCAGGGCGAGCCCGCCCAAUACAAGGACAGCGUCCUCCUGACCAUGCCGAGGAAGAGCGUCGGCACGGUGCUCGCCUCGACCGCCUACAUGUGGUACGGAAACGUCAAGGCCACAUUCAAGACGAGCCGCGGCAAGGGCGUCGUGACGGCCUUUAUUCUGCUCUCGGAUGUCAAGGACGAGAUCGACUACGAGUUCGUCGGUGUCGACCUGAACACUGCCCAGACCAACUACUACUUCCAGGGCAUCACGGACUAUCACAAUUCCGGCAACAUCACUGUCAAGGACACCUUCGACGAGUUCCACACCUACGAGAUCCGCUGGACGCCCGACAAGAUCGAGUGGCUCAUCGAUGACAAGGUCGGCCGCACGAAGCUGCGCAAGGACACGUGGAACGAGACGAGCCAGCAGUGGAUGUUCCCCCAGACGCCCGCGCGCGUCCAGCUGUCCAUCUGGCCCGGCGGCCUCGCUAGCAACGCUAAGGGCACCAUCGACUGGGCGGGCGGCGAGAUCGACUGGGACGGCGAGGACAUCAAGAAGGCCGGCUACUACUACGCCACCUUCAAGGAGGUCAGCAUCGAGUGCUACGACGCCAAGAGCGCGCCGGGCACCAACAAGGGCAAGAGCUACGUCUACACCGACUACGCCGGCACCAACGACACGGUCAAGGACGGCGACAAGGACACCAUCAUGGGCUCCCUGCUGGCGUCGGGCCUCGACAUGGACAAGGGCAAGAAGAGCUCGUCGGCAUCUAGCAGCGCGGAGAAGCCCAGCCAGACCCAAAACACCAUUCCCGGCGGCAGCAACGGCAGCGGCGGCAAUGACCACAGCGGCGAUAAGGGCGGCAGCAGCAGCGGCGGCAGCGGUGGCAGCAGCAACAACGGAGGCAGCGGCGCGCAGCCCACGGCGGGUGGCUCAUCGGGCUGCAGUGCCGGCAGCUUCAACCAGGACUGCAGCAACGGCUCCAAGGACGGCGGCAGCGGCGGCAAGAGCGGCAGCUCCAAGGCGAGCGCGAGCGCGCUGGCCAUGAUCAUUGCCGGCGCUGCGCUGUUUUGGCUGUAA